AUGGAGGAACUCAGAGUGAAGACGCGACACCAGGGGGAGAACCACAUCGUUCAAAAGGGCAACAGCGAGAUCAAGCUGCUCGACCACCUCUCCCUCGCAGGCGACCUCAACCAGACGCUAAAGAGGGACCAGACUGGACGGGGACACGAAGCCCGGCAUGAACGUGAUAGUGGCAGGGACACCGAGAAGGCAAAGGACACCCGUGGCCGACGACGACCCAGACACAGCUGCAGCACCUCGAAGGCACAGGACACCAAGUGCCAACGACGACCCAGGACCAAAGGACGACGACACAGCUGCAGCACCUCGAAGGCACAGGUGAGAGAAGUGAGCGCCGACUACAAAGGCGAGGCACCAGCUCAUCACAUGCGUCGCGCGGGGCGGACGCAUCAGCUCGGAGAAGCAGCAGAUGCCAGGAGCCAGGAGGUUCAGGAGUUUCGAAGUGCAUUUCUGCGGCAGACAGCGACUAGUGCUUUGGUAAAGCCAAGUCAAGAGAUCUAUCACACUCCCCGGGCACUUACAGAAAGGGCUUCAUCCAAGAGAACCUCGAGCAUGAGCGAGACGCCGGCAACAGAUGCACAAGUGGACGCCCGAAGCAGCAACAUGGAGAGCUCCAGUUUGGAAGCGACAGACCUCGCGCACUUUGAUCGCGAGCCUGGCGACUUGGGAAAGCGCUCAACUUCCAGGACGUCAGCAGGUUCAGACAGCAGCAGGUGGAAAGUUUCAGCCAAUGCAGGAAACUCGCUCGAAUGCAGGCUGUCAGUGAACUUACACCGGGCAGACGAUGUAGAUGAUGCAGACAUCGCGGACAUUUUCUCGUCGCAAGUCGGACAGCCACUUGAAAAGAUUCCGAGUCAAUCUCCAUACGAGUCUCCGGCAAACAGUCCUCCUGCUGUAAGCCCCAUGUCGAGCGGGCGUGAAGGAGGCUUCAAGCAAGCCGAAAACAGGGCCACCGAGGGCAGGCUGCAACCGCCGUCUUCCUCGCCUCGGAGUUUAAGCCCGCCGUCUCGCUCUCUGGAUGCCAGGAGAGCUCGCGAGGAGAUUUCCCCCGCGUUGGAAGAGUACAUCACGUGGAUGGAGGCACGUCAGGCACCAACGCCUCAACAGUCACCGCUUGCUUCUGGUCAGUCUGGCCGCAAGCACAGCAGCACCGUGAACAGCGCGGGCAGCAUCCUCUUCCCGGAGAGGCUUUCCCCCCAACCUGGUAAUUCAAUCAGCGUCGCCAAUAGCCUUGCAAGCAGCAUGGCCAAUGAGCUUCUGGGGAGUCGUGCGUUGGCGUCGCGAUCGCUUCAGGAAUAUAUCCUCUGGCUGGAAGUGCAGGAUGCCAAAGCGGAAAGUGGAAGGCGAUCUAGUUUGACAAUCAACAGCCUUGCCAGUUCAAGUGCUGUCGACUUGCAGGCGAUGUAUGAGGCAGAAACCUCGAGAGCUGUGGAGAAGUACUGUGCUUGGCGUCAGUUACAGGACGGUGGUAGGCAGAAGCACCUGGACAAGUGCGGCAGCAACAUGUCUGUUGAAAGUAGAACCUCGAAUCAGCUGCCCUCGAGUCCAAGCUCGGAUGCAAUUCAGCGGCUACUUGAGGAAAGCUCUGGUGGGAGCGUACCUGCUCUCAGGGAGUACCGUCAGCAACUGGGCUUCUCUGAUUCGUCGGGCUCCUCAGAGCAACGAGGCGACAGCAAGAAGAGAGUCUACACCGUUAUCAACCUCCCGCCUUUGGACGAAGUCUCAGACGACAUGAUCGAUGGUCUCUUCGCGAGCAGCGACCCGAAGCAGAGCUCGGGUAACAACACCUCCUCAGCGAACCUCUUGUCACACAGUUCUGACUCGCAUUCAACCGCGCGUGCGCAAGUGCUGUCCAAGUCAUCCGACGGAUCUGCGUCCGGCUCGAGUAUGCGCAAAUAUGUGGACCCUCGAUGUCUCUCGAGCUUUGGAAGUGACAGUCUGUUGGAUGAUCAGAUGCUGAGCAGCGAGGGCAAAAGUCAAAGCCUUGGGCAGGUGGGCCGACGGCUACAGACUGGCCACGCUGCGGUGCGCAGGACCGGCUGUCUGGAAGACGGUGCGGUCGGAAGCGACGCACAGCCACAAAAUGCGAGAGGAUGCGGCAGUUUUUACGGCAGCGGGUCGGUGAUCAAGCAGGACGCAACAUGGCCGUCAGUGAACCCUGCGAAUCUCAAGAGCUUCGAGAGUGACGCAUGCAAUGAAAGCUCUGCUAUGUCGAGCUUGCAUGAAAUUGCGGGCAGGUCUGUGGUGCCAGUGUGUGGUCCAUAG